AUGGGCCUGGCCGGGCUGCCGGAGAAGGUAUUGGCCGGGAAAUCGAAGAUCUACUCCCCUAGGAGAUCGAAAAGAUGCUCUAGAAUGCGUCCCCCACUUCGGGGAGACGCCUCCGGGGUGUAUCUCAGUGUCAGAUGCCGGGGGAGGCCAUUCACGAGGAGCUACAGUAAGCCAGAAGAGAAGAGAAAGUCGACGAGAGAGCCAAGCACCUUGAAGUCGGACAAACCCAAGCGCAGAGGCCCCAGGAGAGGCCGCCUGGCCCGUCUUCCAAAGCCAAAAUCUCAAGCAGCAGAGCCUCCCAAAUCUCGGACCUCAUCUUGUCACCCCCGCAAAGCAGCGGUCGCCAAGCCGGGACCGAAGAAGCCCAUCAAGGGCCAACAGGUCCGUCGGGGGAGAUGUCGAGGGAAACCGCAGCAGAACCGCAAGCUCACCGACUCCUACCCUGUGCGGAGGAGCUCCCGGAAGAGCAAGGCCGAGCUCCAGUCUGAGCAACGAAGGAGAAUAGACGAGCUCAUUGCAAGCGGGAAGGAAGAAGGAAUGAAGAUAGGCCUCAUCGACGGCAAGGGCAGGGGGGUGAUCGCCACCAAGCAGUUCUCCCGGGGCCAGUUCAUAGUAGAAUACCACGGGGACCUCAUCGAGAUCACAGAUGCCAAGAAACGGGAGGCUCGGUACGCCAAAGACCCCUCCACUGGCUGCUACAUGUACUACUUCCAGUAUCUGAGCAAGACCUACUGCAUCGACGCCACCCGGGAGACCAACCGUCUGGGGCGGCUCAUCAACCAUAGCAAACGGGGAAACUGCCAGACCAAACUGCACGACGUCGCCGGUGUCCCGCACCUCAUCCUCAUCGCCUCCCGCGACAUCCAGGCCGGGGAGGAGCUGCUGUAUGACUAUGGGGACCGCAGUCGCGAGUCCCUGGAGGCACACCCCUGGCUGAAACAUUGA